AUGGCGGAAAUGGUCCUCUCCAGCCACAAGAGCGGCUGGCGCGUCAUCGCGCACCACUCCCGCGCCGUCGCCGCCGCCGCCGCCGCCGCGCGCGGCUCCGCCGGCUCCCGCGGGUCCGCGGGCGCCGCGUCGGUGCGGGAUAAGAUUGAGCUUGGGGUGCUGCUGGGCGCGGGGUCGUUCGGCCGCGUGUACAAGGGGCGCUGGCAGGGCCGGGACGUGGCCGUCAAGGUCAUGCAGCACGACGCGGCGAUGGCGGCCCAGUUCGCCAACGAAGCGGCCUUGAUGAUGUCUUUCGAGCACCCCAACAUCCUGGAGGCGUUUGACUUCAUCACCUGGGCGCACGGCCCGGGCCCGGGCUCGAUCCAGGAGCGCGGCAGCCGGGAGUCGGCGCCGUCAGCCAAGACGGUGGGCGCUGGGGCCCUGGGUUGUCAGGGAAGUGCAAAGGGGGGUCGACUUCGGCUUUAG